ACUAAUUACUUUGAGUCGACUCCUUCAGUUCAUCACCAAACAAAAACCUCCUCAGCUUCUAUUUCCCUCUGGAAAGGAAACAAAGGUCUUGUGAAAUUCUCUGAUAAACAAACCAGAUCUACAAGCAAUCAAUCAAUAUAGUAAUACACUGUAUGUGUAAUAAGCCUUAUUUUCUCUCUAGAAAACGAAUUGAAUAGAGAGGUGGAGAGAUGUCGAGAGGUGGAGGAGUUGGAAUUACGAACGCAGUAAAUGUUGGAAUUGCAGUUCAAGCAGACUGGGAGAAUCGUGAAUUCAUUUCUAAUAUCUCAAUCAAUGUUCGUCGUCUCUUCGAUUUCCUCAUCAAUUUUGAGGCAACGACAAAAAGCAAGCUAGCAUCCUUGAAUGAGAAGCUCGAUACCCUGGAGCGGCGUCUGGAACUUCUGGAAGUCCAAGUUGGCACAGCAUCAGCCAACCCAUCUCUUUUUACAUGAUGUAAUUUAUGACAAUGCAAUAACGAUUUGUAAAAAAGAACGGAGCAUAAAUACAUGAGCAUCCCUUCAAUUUGUACACUGCGCUUUGUGUAUCCAAGUUUAGUAUUCAUAUCAAAUUUUCUUCGAGGG